AGAAGCCACUUCUCCUAUUUUCCCGCCUACAGUUGCGGCUGCAGCCUGCGGGGGCUCAGCCUGCUCACGCACUUCGUCCUCACAUCAACAUUUUAUGAUUCUUGAAAAUUCGGACAGCCCAAUCAGUCACAGAUUCACCUCUCGUUGCGCUGCCAACCACCAUGGCCUCUAUCCGCAGGCUACUCCAUCUCCGCUCCUCCAUUUUUAAAACAAGCACUCAUCGUGCUGGAUUUCAAGAAGGUAGCAAUGCGUGGAAUUACAGCACUAUUCCAUCUUCAAAGGAGAGGCUGUUGAAAUUGGAAGACCAAGAAAAUAAGUUGGCACAUGAAAGUGACCCGACGUUCGAGUGUGAGAUUGCUGAGGUUCGGGAACAGUUCAAUGCUGCUAAACAGAGAUUCCUGAAUAUACCAGAUGCUUUAAAAGAUAUGCCUAAAAUGAAUCCCAAAGGAAUAUACGUCAAUAAGAACCUCCGACUAGAUAAUAUCGAAGUGUACGGAUUUGAUUAUGAUUAUACAUUGGCACAUUACUCUUCUAAUUUGCAGACCUUGAUAUAUGACCUUGCAAAGCAACAUCUCGUUAAUGAGUUUAAGUAUCCUGAAAGUUGCACUGAGUUCAAAUAUGAUCCUUCAUUUCCCAUUAGAGGGUUAUACUAUGACAAAGUAAAAGGGUGCCUCAUGAAGCUGGAUUUCUUUGGAUCUAUUGAGCCUGGCAGUUGCUACUUUGGUAGGCGUAAGCUUAGCCAUGAAGAAAUUGAUGAGAUAUAUGGCAACCGUCAUAUUGGUCGCGAUCAUGCAAAGGAACUUGUAUACUUGAUGGAUUUCUUCUGUUUUAGUGAGGCAUGCCUUAUUGCUGAUAUUGUUCAACAUUUUGUCGAUGCUAAACUGGAAUUUGAUGCUGCUUAUAUCUAUGAAGAUGUUAACCGAGCUAUACAGCAUGUUCACAAAAGUCACUUGGUACAUAAAGGAAUUCUUUCCGAUCCCCAGAAGUAUCUUGUGAAGAAUGGGCAGCUACUUUGCUUUUUAAGGAAACUAAAAGAGAAAGGGAAGAAGCUUUUCUUAUUAACAAACUCUCCUUACUUUUUUGUGGAUGGAGGAAUGCGUUAUAUGCUCAAAGAUUCUUUAGGUCAGCAAGACUCAUGGAGGGAACUUUUUGAUGUUGUGAUUGCUAAAGCAAAAAAACCAGAUUUUUACACAUCUGAGCAUCCAUUUAGAUGUUAUAAUGUUGAGGAAGACACAUUAGCAUUUUCAAAAGUGGAUUCGUUUCUUCCUGACAAAGUUUAUUACCACGGGUGUCUCAAAACAUUCUUGCAAAUCACAAAGUGGAAAGGUCCAGAGGUUAUAUAUUUUGGGGAUCACCUAUUCAGUGACCUGAGAGGGCCUUCAAAAGCUGGAUGGCAUACUGCUGCUAUCAUCCAUGAACUGGAAAAUGAGAUCAAUAUUCAGAAUGAUGAUAGUUACAGGUUCGAACAGGCAAAGUUUCAUAUAAUCCAAGAGCUUCUCGGUAAGCUGCAUGCUACAGUUGUCAAUUGUCAGACAAGUGAAGCAUAUAAAUCCCUUCUUUGGGAGCUCAAUGAUGAGAGGCAGAAGGCUCGCUCUACAAUGAAAGAAAUGUUUAAUAGGUCAUUUGGAGCUACAUUUCUAACUGAUUCCGGUCAAGAGUCGGCCUUUGCUUAUCAUAUCCACCAAUACGCUGAUGUGUACACCAGCAAACCAGAUAACUUUCUGUACUAUCUACCUGAGGCCUGGCUUCACGUGCCUUAUGAUAUAAAAAUAAUGCCUCACCAUGUCAAGGUUUCAUCAGACUUAUUCAAGAAUUGAGUGUUCUCCACGGUUAAGGCGGUGGAACGAUGAGGAGUCGGUUAGGUCAGGACAAUACUUAUUUAUGUAAUAAUUUAUGGUACCAUUUUGUAGGUGGCGGUAUAUUACCAGGUUCUACUACUACCCAAAUACUAUCGUAUAUCUUAGUGACUAGCUUUUGAAUA